AUGUCCAACCCGGAGAAGCGGCUCUUAUCCCGCCCCUCGGCCCCCCUGGCUGCAGCACCCGGGGAAAAGCCCGGCUCCGGCAGCCGCCCGCUCCACUCCCAUGGCCAGAGCGGCGGAGGUGGAGGCAGCGGCGGGUCUCCUCCUCCCCCCCCCGCGCACGGAGGCGGCUCGGCUCCCUGCAGCUCCCUCUCUCUCUUCCUAACAACCAUCAGCAGCAGCAGGAGCCGCGCUACAGGGACAGCCUCCUCCGCCGCCUCCGCCAGCAUCGUCCCCAGAGCGGCAGCGGCUCCUUUCCUCGCUCCAAUCCCCUCCUUUUCCUCCGCUUCUCCAUCUUCUUUUUACUUCUUGCCGCCGCCUCCUCGUUUCCCCUCCUCGUCUUCCUUUAACCUCACAAGUCUCCAAGGGAGGGAAGGAGGAGGAGAGGCAGCGAGAGCGGCAGGAGGAGGAGGAAGAGAUGUUGGCGGAGCAGCAGCAGCAGCUCACUUGAUCGCCCAUCCAGGCGGCAGCGGCAGGAGGAGACUCUUCUGUUCUUCCUCGAUCCAGGGCUUGCUGCUCCGUUCUGCAGCCGGCGACCCCCGGCAGCACCACUCCCGGCUCCUCCUCUCCCCAUCCGCUUCUGGCCCGUGGUCCUGCAAUUCCCUCGGUGCUGCAGCAGCAGCAGCCCGCGGCGACGGGAUCCGAGGAGGCGACGGCCCCGGCGGGAGCAGGACUCUUAGGCGGCAGCAGCGGCAGAGAGGCACCUUCUUCUCCUUCUCGUCUCCCCUGCUCCUAGGGCCAGACAUGGAAGAUGGAUCUAAUUCAGCAAGCUGCUUUAGGAGGUUUACGGACUGUUUCUUGAACACAAGUCUAACAGAUGAAAAAGUGAAGGCCUAUCUUUCUCUUCACCCCCAGGUACUGGAUGAGUUUGUGUCAGAAAGUGUAAGUGCAGAAACUGUGGAAAAAUGGCUAAAAAGAAAAAAUAACAGACAGGAAGAUGAAUCGACUCCUAAAGAAGUCAGCAGGUACCAGGAUACGAACAUGCAAGGUGUAGUGUACGAAUUGAACAGCUACAUAGAACAGCGCCUGGAUACAGGAGGAGAUAACCAACUACUUCUGUAUGAACUCAGCAGCAUCAUAAAAAUAGCUACAAAAGCUGAUGGAUUUGCACUCUAUUUCCUGGGAGAAUGUAAUAAUAGUCUGUGUGUAUUUACACCACCAGGAGCUAAAGAAGGACAGCCACGGCUCAUUCCUGCAGGGCCCAUUGCACAUGGCACUACAGUAUCUGCUUAUGUAGCCAGAUCCAGAAAAACGUUGUUAGUAGAAGAUAUUCUGGGGGAUGAGCGAUUUCCCAAAGGUACUGGACUGGAAUCAGGGACUCGUAUCCAAUCUGUUCUGUGUUUACCAAUUGUCACUGCAAUUGGUGAUCUGAUUGGUAUCCUGGAGCUUUACCGUCACUGGGGCAAAGAAGCCUUCCACCUUAGUCACCAAGAGGUUGCAACAGCAAAUCUUGCAUGGGCUUCAGUAGCAAUACAUCAAGUACAAGUGUGCCGAGGCCUUGCCAAGCAGACCGAACUGAAUGACUUCUUGCUUGAUGUAUCAAAAACGUACUUUGAUAAUAUAGUUGCAAUAGAUUCUCUACUUGAACAUAUAAUGAUAUAUGCAAAAAACCUGGUGAAUGCAGAUAGAUGUGCACUCUUCCAGGUUGACCACAAAAAUAAGGAGCUGUAUUCAGACCUUUUUGAUAUUGGAGAAGAGAAUGAUGGGAAACCUGUCUUCAAGAAGACCAAAGAAAUAAGAUUUUCUAUAGAAAAAGGAAUAGCUGGUCAAGUGGCAAGAACAGGAGAAGUCCUUAACAUCCCUGAUGCCUAUGCAGAUCCACGCUUUAACAGAGAAGUAGACCUCUACACAGGCUACACAACCAGAAAUAUCCUGUGCAUGCCUAUCGUAAGCCGAGGAAGUGUAAUAGGUGUUGUGCAGAUGGUGAACAAAAUAAGUGGAAGUGCCUUCUCUAAAACCGAUGAGAACAACUUUAAAAUGUUUGCUGUCUUUUGUGCUUUAGCCUUACACUGUGCUAAUAUGUACCACAGAAUUCGCCAUUCAGAGUGUAUUUACCGUGUAACAAUGGAGAAGCUCUCCUACCACAGUGUUUGUACAGCAGAAGAGUGGCAAAACCUCAUGCACUGUACACUGCCUCCACAUAUUUAUAAAGAAAUUGAACUAUACCACUUUGAUAUCAGCCCGUACGAGGAUGUCUGGCCUGCCAUUUUUGUCUACAUGGUUCACCAGUCCUGUGGGACAGCUUGCUUUGAACUUGAAAAGCUGUGCCGAUUUACGAUGUCUGUAAAGAAGAAUUACCGCCGUGUGCCCUACCACAACUGGAAGCAUGCCGUUACUGUUGCACAUUGCAUGUAUGCCAUACUGCAGAACAACCAGGGGCUUUUCACUGAUCUGGAGCGAAAAGGUCUUUUAGUUGCAUGUCUGUGCCAUGACCUGGAUCACAGAGGUUACAGCAACAGCUAUCUUCAGAAAUUUGAUCACCCCUUAGCUGCUCUCUAUUCCACAUCAACAAUGGAACAGCACCACUUCUCUCAGACUGUGUCCAUCCUGCAGCUGGAAGGGCACAAUGUCUUCUCCAAUCUGAGCUCCAGCGAAUACGAGCAAGUACUUGAGAUCAUUCGGAAAGCCAUCAUUGCCACAGACCUUGCCCUGUAUUUUGGAAACAGAAAACAGCUUGAAGAACUGCAUCAGACAGGAGCAUUAAACCUUAAGAACCAAGCACACAGAGAUAGGGUCAUUGGUCUGAUGAUGACAGCUUGUGAUUUGUGUUCCGUAACAAAGUUGUGGCCAGUUACCAGACUGACUGCCAAUGAUAUAUAUGCGGAGUUCUGGGCCGAGGGUGAUGAAAUGAAGAAAACAGGUAUUCAGCCUAUUCCUAUGAUGGACAGAGACAAGAAAGAUGAAGUCCCUCAGGGUCAAAUUGGGUUCUACAAUGCUGUAGCCAUCCCAUGUUACACCACACUUGCACAGAUCUUUCCUCCAACUGGGCCACUACUCCGGGCAUGCAGGGACAAUCUCAACCAAUGGGAGAAAGUAACAAGAGGUGAGGAAGCCUCUAUAUGGAUUUCCUCCCAGUCUCUUGCUCCUGGGACCUCAGAUUCACUUCCUGUGAAGAUCGAUGACUGAACAGCAACAGAUUGGUUUAACCUGAAAAGCAUCCCUUUCUUGUUUUGGGGGUUGUUCUUUGUUUUGGUUUGGUUUUAUUUUGGGGAAAAAAAAGAAGAAGAAAAGCUACAAAAUGUUAACUAAAGCAGCAGAUCUGCCUAGGAAGGUAACACCCAUGGAGUUACCUCAGCUAAAUGACUGUGGCAGCCAGUCUCCUGACCUACACCAGUGACACAACACGAACAGAGGGAAAAUGACAACCCCGAUGUUUUGGAAUCAACUAUCAAAAGAGAACUGACAACUUGUGAAUACAAAAGACUGGCCUUAUCUCAUGGGCUACGUUGCUGAGGCCUUAAGUUAAAACUGAUGGGGGGAAAGAAAAAAAUCUUAGGGGGUACUUCUAAAUUGUAUCUUUCUAGUAAGGGUUUCAAUGGUACUUUUAUUAUACCGUACUGUGGCUGGCUUUAACACCAGUGUCACUUGGAAGUUCUUGGCUAUAAAUAGAACAAUAUACCCAUUGCUAUUGUGAAUGUUUAUGUGUGAUCUACUUGUAGUCAGUUUGAACUCCAGCAGAAUCCUUGGAGACUAUAAUUCAUGCUUAGGUUACAGUGAAUUCUGUUGCUGCAAACUAAAGGAAAAGCAACAUUCAGGUUAAAGUUUUAGAGUACUUCAUUAAGCAUUAUGAUGCAAAUUGUCUGUCACUCACAAGGAAAAGGUGGAAAGAGCUAGUGAUGGUGCUUUGUUCCUCAGAAUGAUUUAUAAACCUAGACAACUCCGCCCUUAAAACACUGGAAGUACUGGAUAUCUGUCUCUGAUAUGAGAGAGUUCCAGGUUGGAGUUUUUGCAUCCAUAAUGACAGAAGUGUCUGAUUAAAAUUUAAAUGUGACAGCAAAGAUUUUCUUGCCUAGCUCACAUUUAAGUGAAGUCAUCAUUUUUAUUUCUACCUGCUGAAUUGUAUUUUUAAAGGCAUUGGAGAAAUACCUGAGGUAUGCUAUCUGCAGGGAACAAAAGCCUCGUCAGAAAAGUCAGGUCUGAUAAGAAGGAUUGUGGUACCAUCACACUAAAUCAAAGAUGGUUUUGUAUUGACUAGCUUUUUGUGUUGCACAGUACACUGCAUGUCUUUUACUGCUCUUUUCCCACAUUCCAAGGUGAGUGAAAUUAGGAAACUUCUCCAUUUGUCUGCUUUUUUUCCCCUAGUUCAGCAAAAUUUCCAGGCUUAGAACUGCCUUUCUUAGUGAAAGAAUAGCUGAUUGAAGAAAAGUACUCUAAAUAGUGUGUUUACAGUUCUGUACUGACUUAGGCUUCAGCCUUACAAAGUCAUGCACAGACUUUAAGACUUUAUGUUUAAUGCCACUCUUAAAUUUAGUGCAAUGGUACAGGGUAUGUUUCAACAGAACUUACUUUGCCUUUGUCUUUCUCUUAAAAGUAAUUAGAAAAAAAAAGAAAUCUUCAUUCUGACCCACAUAGUAGGUGAAAACAGUCUUUACAUACCUUUCACAUACAGCCUAUACUGCAUUAGAUGCUUUUUUACAGAUACUACACUCCUGUAGUGGUUCUGUGACAACAUGGCCAUUUUAAAACCACAACAAAUAACAGUAGUGAUUUAAACACAGAACAUAGGUUCUCUUUUUCCAUCUCAUGUCUGUUGAGAUGUAUUGCUCUAAUAAGCAUGUCUUCUUAGGGAUUUCACGUAAAUGACUCGGACUCUUGAGUUUUGCCUUGUUAUGGUCGAGCACAUGCCAGUAUCUGUACAUGUCUACAGUACGUGAUACAUAAUUGCAUAGUGUAUAAAUGCACCUAAGCCUUUGCAGUAGAUAGAGACAUAGAGGUUGAGAAUUUAAUAUGAAGUUAUCUUAUUUGUAUGAUACAGGUUACCUAGCAGCAGUCCCAUAAUUUAUUUCCGUUUGCUUUACUGAUUCUAAGUGCAGAAAUCCAUUGUUAACCACAGCAAACUAUUUUGGAAUUUAAAAAAAAAAAGGCAGGAGACAGUUACACCAAAGUGGAAUGAACAGUGUCUCAUGCUGUGUCCUCUGCUUUACUCCAUAGCAAUUCUAACUAAAUCAUGCAGAUGCAACCUUUCAUCUGCUAAGUACAUGAGACACAGUCUGAGUUCCUAAUUUACAUGGAAAUUAUCCAAAUCUGUGGUGGCUACAAAAAUAACCUGAAAUUUAGAUACCCCAAAAACUGUAUGGAAUGUUUUUCCCUCAUGAGUGAAGUGUACUUGCUGUUUUUCUCCCUCUUUGAAUGCUUAUCUUACAGGCAUUCCAAAAGUAUUCCUCGUCACACCAUGUCUGUGUGUAUGGGAAAUUUUUAAUUCAUCUUUUACUCAUUGACUGUAAAGAUAACUUCGCUGAUUCUGUUAUCAUUCAAAAUAUUUAGCAGUAUCACAUCAAAUAUUUAUGUUUUGAAGUUUGUAAGUACUGAUACAGAACAUGUUUGCAAAUUUGUCAAAUUGGCAAUAAGUUGUUCUGUUAAUGUGUCAAGCCAGUCAGGUAUUGUUUCUAAUAUAGAACUAUCCAAACCACAUAAAUUACAUGUUUGCUAUAGUAUAACAUCCAUUAGAAUUAAAAAUUUUGGCUCCAGUGGUUGUGGUUUGGUUUGUUUUCCUGGUGUCUAAAAGGAGAAAGGUCAUGAAAAAAUGUUAUUCUUUGUUAGCACCUAGAGAAACAAAAAUAGUCACAAUAGGUUGUAUUUUCUUACCAAAUUUAGCCAUCUUAGCAUUUACAGGGUUCAGAUGUGUAAAAGUUUUUUUGGUAGAAAAACUUAUAUUCAUACUUCCAAAGUCAAAACCGCCAAGUAUUAAAAUUUGGAGCUGCAUUUGAAUUUCAAGGCUCAAGUACAUGUGAAUAUUUAAGUGUUCAAAAUUCUGGACUUGAACUAAAAAAUAUAAUAAGACAUCUAGAUCUUAAAGGCAUCUGGCUCAUUAAGUUAAAUUGCCAAAAGCCAUUUUUCCACACACUUUUAUCCUGCUAAAACUGAUCUUACCCUAGAUCAAGAACAUACAAAAAACCCAACAGAUCUCUCCUUUACUACAAGUGUUAUACUUUAUACUCCUAGAACUGCAUUAUUUUUGUAAAUAAUUCCAACUACUUUUCCCUUCUAAGCCUAGUAGAGUUAAAAGGAUUGUUUGAAGCCAUAUCUGAGCAUUUCUAGUGUAUUAUGAAAUAAUGCCCUUAAGGUGUGCACUGGGAAAAAUAGUUGGCAUAGCAUGAUACUCGUCUGAUAUGUUGUGUAUUUUAUUACAGCACUGAGAGAAACUCCAUUGUUACAACUAAUUAUGAAUUCUGUAUGGUAGUUGCAUUCUGAUGUAAUGGUUCAACUCAUGGCAGUACCUUUUUUUUAAAAUAAGUGAACAUUAGACAAAUGCAAUAGAUUUCCUUUAGUUGGAGUAUAUGAUAACAGACAUGUUAACAUGAUAACAUUGGAGGUGACAUGCAGUGUGGAAUUAAUCUUUCUAUUUGGCUCAGACUUCUUUCAUGUGUUUAUACUAGAACGGUGUGAUCAGUUUGCUGUGACUGUAUUUAAAGCAUUUGGUGUUAAAAUUAUAGGAAUAGCAAGUAGCACUAUUCACGUUAAAAAAAAAAAUAGAGAUUGUUAGAUGCUCAAAACAACUAUGACCCUCUUGAAAUAAUGCAUUUGCCUCAAACACUGUGAUACAGGAACAAUUCUGUGAAGUGAAACAAUUAAUUUGUUCAUUCUAAACACAGUAAAGGCUUUCUGCACAUUACUAUGAGGAAGUUCAUGUUCAAACUUUAGGUUAUAAAUCUCAAUCUAGCAAAGGCACAUCAUAACUCAUUUUGCUUUCUGACCAAAAACUGUGCUCGAUUGUAAUACGGGUGUACACUCUGUCAAAAAACUAAAGUAACAGACUGCUUUCUAGGGUAGAUCAAACUGAUUUGUAGAGUAGAUUCAUAUAUAUUCCAAAAUCAGGUUGGGCUGUUAUGUGAAGAAGAGUGAACGAACUUCAAGGUAACAACAUUCAACUUUACUACAUUGAGUGAGCUGAAAAAUUUGUUUUAUAUAUAUAUAUAUUUACACACACACACAUAUAUAUAUAUAUGAUACAUAUAAACUAUCUUUGUAAAAAAAACAAAAAAAUAUGCAAGUGCAAUAAUUUA